AUGUCCCGCAUCUCCAAUGACGACCAAUUCCAGUUCCUCAUAAGCUGCAUCCGUCACUCCAACAACGGAAAGAUUGACUACACGGAGGUCGCCAAAGAAUGCUCCAUCGUUUCUCGUGGAGCGGCCGUCAAACGAUACUCCAGACUCAUGAAAGCCCACGGAAUUAACACCGGCGGAGGCAUAAACACCACCACUUCCACCUCUACCCCUACCGGUAGCACGAACACCACUCCCAAGAAACCGAAGAUGAAUCACAAACGCAAGACCACCACUGACUCCGAGACAGAGACGGAGAGUAAUGGCAAGGCUAAGGCAUCGAAGAGAGGAAAGAAGGAUAGGGCUGUUGAGAGCGCGGAGAAGGUAUUGAAGAAGGCUGGUCUUGAUAUUGUCAAGGAGGACGAAGAUGCGGAGGAGAAGAUCAAUGGCGAGGCUGAGGAUUCUGAGUAA